GGCCCGGGGGGUUGCGGGGCAGGGCUGUGCCCCGGCGCUGCGGGCUGGGUGCAGAGGACCGGGGCUCACGCUCCCGUGCGGGGCCGGGCAGGGAGGGCAGCCCAUGCCUCUGGCGCUUUGGGGCGGGAUAGCCCGUGCCCCGGGUGCCCCGCACGUGCCCCGCGGAGCCCGGCCCGGCCGCUAGACGGUGCGAGCGGGAACGGGAGCGGGCGGCGGCGCACGGAGCUGCCCGGGGGGGGCCGCUGGGUCCCCGCCCGCGGAGCGCGCCCCGCACCCGCCCUAGCGCCGCCCGCCCGGAGCAGCCCCGCAGCAGCGGCACCGGCGGAGCGGAGCGGAGCGGGCGGGAUGGCGGCGCCGGGGGGGCGCGGCGGCGCGGUGCCGGCCACCAAGGUGGAGCUCAGCGUCUGCUGCAGGAACCUGCUGGACAUGGACACCUUCUCCAAGUCCGACCCUGUGGUGGUGCUGUACGUGCAGGGCACUGGGGACAAGGAUUGGAGGGAGUUCGGUCGCACUGAAGUCAUUGACAACACCCUGAACCCCGACUUCGUCCGCAAGUUCGUCCUGGACUACUACUUCGAGGAGAAGCAGAACCUGCGCUUCGACGUCUACAACGUGGACUCCAGGAGCUGCAACAUCUAUAAACACGACUUCCUGGGACAGGCCUUUGUGGCGCUGGGCGAAGUCAUCGGGUCCCGCAGAGGCCGCCUGGAGAAAGCCCUGACUGGGGUGCCGGGCAAGAAGUGCGGGACCAUCAUGGUGCUGGCAGAGGAGCUGAGUAAUUGCCGGGACGUGGUCACCAUGCAGCUGUGCGCCAACAAGCUGGACAAGAAGGAUUUCUUCGGGAAGUCGGACCCCUUCCUUGUCUUCUACCGCAGCAACGAGGAUGGCACGUUCACCAUCUGCCACAAGACGGAGGUGGUGAAGAACACGCUCAAUCCUGUGUGGCAGCCGUUCACCAUCCCUGUGCGAGCCCUGUGCAACGGGGACUACGACAGGACAGUGAAGAUCGACGUGUACGACUGGGACCGAGAUGGCAGCCACGACUUCAUUGGGGAGUUUGCCACCAGCUACCGGGAGCUCUCCCGCGCCCAGAGCCAGUUCACGGUCUAUGAGGUGCUGAACCCCAGGAAGAAAUGCAAGAAGAAGAAAUACGUCAACUCGGGAACUGUGACCCUGCUCUCCUUCUCCGUGGAGUCCGAGUUCACCUUUGUGGAUUACAUCCGUGGCGGGACACAGCUGAAUUUCACAGUUGCCAUCGAUUUCACGGCCUCCAACGGGAUCCCGUCGCAACCCACGUCCCUGCACUACAUGAGCCCGUACCAGCUGAGCGCCUACGCCAUGGCGCUGAAGGCCGUCGGGGAGAUCAUCCAGGACUACGACAGCGACAAGCUCUUCCCUGCUUACGGCUUUGGUGCCAAGGUCCCUCCGGAUGGCAGGAUCUCCCACCAGUUCCCCCUGAACAACAACCUCGAGGACCCGAACUGCACAGGCAUCGAGGGCGUGCUGGAGGCGUACUUCCAGAGCCUGCGCACCGUGCAGCUCUACGGGCCCACCAACUUCGCCCCCGUCAUCAACCAGGUGGCACGGUCGGCGGCGCAGGUGACGGACGGGUCGCAGUACCACGUGCUGCUCAUCAUCACGGACGGCGUCAUCUCCGACAUGCUGCAGACCAAGGAGGCCAUCGUCAGCGCGUCCGCCCUGCCCAUGUCCAUCAUCAUCGUGGGAGUGGGCCCGGCCGAGUUCGAGGCCAUGGAGGAGCUGGACGGGGACGACGUGCGCGUGUCGUCGCGGGGCCGCUCGGCGGAGCGGGACAUCGUGCAGUUCGUGCCGUUCCGGGACUACGUGGACCGCGCCGGGAGCCAGGUGCUGAGCAUGGCGCGCCUGGCCCGGGACGUGCUGGCCGAGGUGCCCGAGCAGCUGCUCAGCUACAUGCGUGCGCACGACCUGGAGCCGCGGCCCGCGGGCCCCGCCGCGCGCUAGCCCCGCCCCCGCUGUACCGCCCCCGAUGCACCGCUGUACCGCGCAAUAAACCGCUCCACUGCC